AUGUCGAGCAGCACGCCGAAAGAGACAUCGGCAGUCACUGAAACGAAUGUGUUUUUAGACAACAACCAACCUCUGUCGGAAGAUACUCCCAAAAAUGGAUCAUUUUUUAGUUCCAUUCGUCGCUACAUCUGGGACGACCCAAAGAAAUCACCCAAAGAGAAAUGGUUCCUAUUAAAGCUCGACGUCUUCUUGCUUACCAUAUCCUGUCUCGGAUAUUUCAGUAAGAAUCUCGAUCAGGCCAAUAUAAGCAAUGCAUACGUUUCCGGAAUGUCAGAGGCAUUAAAUAUGAAGGGCAACGAGUUGACUUAUGCCAGCAAUGUCUUUACGGCCGGCUAUGUCCUCGGUCAACUACCUGCUGUGAUCUUAGUCACACGCAUUCGUCCUUCGAUCCUUAUCCCUACUGUGGAAAUUUUCUGGUCAAUUUUCACAUUUUGCUCUGCUGCUGUCAAGACUACAUCUCAGCUAUAUGCUAUGCGCUUUCUACUUGCUAUCUGUGAAGGUACCUAUUUUCCGACUGUUGUAUACAUUAUAGGUUCAUGGUACACCAAAAGCGAGCGUGGGAAACGCAUGACCAUAUUCUACGCCACUGCAAGUCUAGCUGGUAUGUUCAGUGGAUACCUUCAAGCCGGCGCAUACAAAGGUCUUAAUGGCGUGUUGGGUCAUGCUGGUUGGCAAUGGCUCUUUAUUGUCUGCGGUAUCAUCAGCCUUCCCAUCGGCAUCGCAGGAUAUUUCUUCUACCCAGACUUCCCGGAAACUACCCGCGCAUUCUACAUCACCCAGGAAGAAGCAGAGUGGGCCCAAAAGCGCUUGAUCGCAGAUGGCAUGAAACCCCUUGGAGCUUCUGCCUGGGACCGCACGAAGAUCUUUCGUAUCAUGAAGCAAUGGCAGUUCUGGGUCUUGCCGGUUGGAUACUUCCUCGUUCAAGGAAGCUAUCCUAUUCAGCAGCCUGCUUUUGCCCUCUGGCUCAAAUCGACUGGACAUUCAGUCUAUCAAAUCAACGUUUGGCCAACCGGUCAGUACGCCGUUGGUUUUGUGACGCAAAUACUUGCCGGUAUUAUUUCUGAUUCUCCCAUUUUUCGCGGUAAACGUUGGCAAACUCUUAUUGCUAUGCAAAUACCUACAAUACUUGGCUGUAUCGUGCUCGCUGUCUGGGAUGUCCCCAUUGGCCUCAAAUAUGCGGCCUAUUACCUGACGUUUACCGCUGCUGGUGUUCCAGGUAUCUAUUACGCUUGGUAUUCGGAUCUGAUGCCGCAUGAUCACGAGAUGAGAGGGUUUAUCAUCGCCGCUUCAAAUAUGUUUAGUUAUAUCCAGUCAAUUUGGUGGACUUUGACCGUUUGGAGGACGGUAUUGUCUCCUCGUUUUCAUGCUGCGUUUAUUGGAGCUGCUAGUCUCGGUGUUACGCUUUGUUUUCUUGCGGUUGUGCUUCAGCGCUUGGAGAAGCACGAUACGAAAAAGCGAGCUUUGAUUGAAGACGGGACAAGUGAUGAGGAAAUAGUUAGAGCAGAUAGUACUUAG